ACUUCCGGCGGCCUGUGGUUCGGCGGGCGGGCGGCAGCGUGAGUCGGGGCUGCGGGGCGGCCACGCAACUUCCGCCCGGGGGGGCGCCGCCGCCGCUGCCGCCGCCUGAGGGGACGGGAGCGGCCGAGAAGAGGCGCCGGGCUGCGGCCUAAAGGGAGCGGGAAGCCGCCGCCGCCUCUCAGCGCAGCCCGACCGGGGCCCGGGCCUGGCCCAGCUCAGCUCAGCGGCGGAGCCCGCAGCCCCGAGCGGCUGCACCCAGCUCCAUGAAUGGAAAUCAGCAGCGCAGGACCCGUCGGGGCACAGCCCCUGCUCAUGGUGCCCAGACGGCCUGGCUAUGGCACCAUGGGCAAGCCCAUUAAACUGCUGGCCAACUGCUUCCAAGUUGAAAUCCCAAAGAUUGAUGUCUACCUCUAUGAGGUGGAUAUCAAACCAGAUAAGUGUCCUCGGAGGGUGAACAGGGAGGUGGUGGACUCAAUGGUGCAGCAUUUUAAAGUGACGAUAUUUGGGGACCGUCGACCAGUUUAUGAUGGGAAAAGAAGCCUUUAUACAGCCAACCCGCUUCCUGUGGCCACUACUGGGGUGGAUUUGGAUGUGACAUUGCCAGGAGAAGGUGGAAAAGAUCGUCCCUUCAAAGUGUCAAUAAAGUUUGUUUCUCGGGUGAGCUGGCACUUGCUGCAUGAAGUUUUGACAGGAAGAACCUUGCCUGAGCCUCUGGAACUAGACAAACCUAUCAGCACUAACCCUGUUCAUGCUGUCGAUGUGGUGCUACGACACCUGCCCUCCAUGAAGUAUACCCCUGUGGGCCGCUCCUUCUUCUCAGCUCCAGAAGGCUAUGAUCACCCCUUGGGGGGGGGCAGGGAGGUCUGGUUUGGGUUCCAUCAGUCUGUCCGGCCUGCCAUGUGGAAGAUGAUGCUCAACAUUGAUGUUUCUGCCACUGCCUUCUACAAAGCACAACCUGUGAUUCAGUUCAUGUGUGAAGUUCUUGACAUUCAUAAUAUUGAUGAACAACCAAGACCUCUGACUGAUUCUCAUCGGGUAAAAUUCACCAAAGAGAUAAAGGGUCUGAAGGUAGAAGUGACUCAUUGUGGAACGAUGAGGCGGAAAUACCGUGUUUGUAACGUAACCAGGAGGCCUGCAAGUCAUCAAACCUUUCCUUUACAGUUAGAAAAUGGCCAGACUGUGGAGAGAACAGUAGCACAGUACUUCAGAGAGAAAUACAACCUCCAGCUGAAGUAUCCUCAUCUGCCUUGCCUGCAAGUGGGACAGGAACAGAAACACACCUACCUGCCUUUAGAAGUUUGUAACAUUGUGGCUGGCCAACGGUGUAUCAAGAAGCUAACAGACAAUCAGACAUCAACUAUGAUAAAGGCCACAGCAAGGUCUGCUCCAGAUAGGCAAGAGGAAAUAAGCAGAUUGGUGAGAAGUGCAAAUUACGAUGCGGAUCCAUUUGUUCAAGAGUUCCAAUUCAAGGUCCGGGAUGAGAUGGCCCACGUGACGGGGCGCGUGCUCCCUGCACCCAUGCUGCAGUAUGGAGGACGGAACCGAACGGUGGCAACCCCCAGCCAUGGAGUUUGGGACAUGCGAGGGAAGCAAUUCCACACUGGUGUUGAGAUCAAAAUGUGGGCUAUAGCUUGUUUUGCAACGCAGAGGCAAUGCAGAGAAGAAAUACUGAAGGGUUUUACAGACCAGCUGCGCAAGAUCUCCAAGGACGCAGGGAUGCCGAUCCAAGGCCAGCCCUGUUUCUGUAAAUACGCCCAGGGUGCAGACAGUGUGGAGCCCAUGUUUCGGCACCUCAAGAACACCUAUUCAGGGCUUCAGCUCAUCAUUGUCAUCCUGCCAGGAAAAACACCGGUGUACGCGGAGGUGAAGCGUGUGGGAGAUACGCUAUUGGGAAUGGCCACGCAGUGUGUUCAAGUCAAAAAUGUCAUUAAAACAUCUCCACAGACCCUUUCAAACCUGUGCCUGAAGAUUAACGUUAAAUUAGGAGGAAUCAAUAACAUCCUUGUACCUCAUCAACGCCCUUCUGUGUUCCAGCAGCCAGUGAUCUUUCUGGGAGCUGAUGUCACUCACCCUCCUGCUGGAGAUGGAAAGAAACCUUCCAUAGCUGCUGUUGUAGGUAGUAUGGAUGCUCAUCCAAGCCGAUACUGUGCCACGGUGAGAGUUCAGCGGCCCCGGCAGGAGAUUAUCCAAGACCUGGCCUCCAUGGUGAGGGAGCUUCUCAUCCAGUUCUACAAGUCAACGCGCUUCAAGCCCACACGUAUCAUCUUCUACAGGGACGGGGUCUCUGAAGGACAGUUCCGACAGGUUUUGUACUACGAACUGCUAGCCAUUAGAGAAGCCUGCAUCAGUUUGGAGAAGGAUUACCAGCCUGGAAUAACCUAUAUUGUGGUGCAGAAACGACAUCAUACACGGUUGUUCUGUGCUGACAGAACAGAGAGGGUUGGACGAAGUGGCAAUAUCCCAGCUGGAACAACUGUAGAUACAGACAUUACACAUCCAUAUGAGUUCGAUUUUUACCUCUGCAGUCAUGCUGGAAUACAGGGUACCAGCCGUCCCUCACACUAUCAUGUUUUGUGGGAUGAUAACUGUUUUACUGCAGAUGAACUUCAGCUGCUGACUUACCAGCUCUGCCACACAUACGUGCGCUGCACACGAUCAGUUUCUAUACCUGCACCAGCGUAUUAUGCUCACCUGGUAGCAUUCAGAGCACGAUACCAUCUUGUGGACAAAGAACACGACAGUGCUGAAGGAAGCCACGUUUCAGGACAGAGCAAUGGCAGAGAUCCACAGGCCCUGGCGAAGGCUGUACAGAUUCACCAAGACACCUUACGCACGAUGUACUUCGCUUAAGUCAAUAAAAGGGGAGCGUACUCGCUGACAGGAAGAACUGACAAAUUAAGCCACAUACAAUGUAUGUUUCCAGUGGGGUUGGUUUAUGGGGUGUGCCUCCGAUCGUGCAGGGGCGAGAGGCUGACCCUUAAAUUGACACAAGGAAGAUUGUUUACUUCACCGAGGAACACAGCACUAUUAUGCAAUAUGAAACCAGCCAACUGCUUUCGUGGCGCGGUCUCCUGUAGGAAGCACCGCCAUCAUUUUCCUUUUUAGGUUCAUUUCUCAUAGUUUGACCCUCUUAUGCCUUUACCUCAAGUUGCUCGGCAGCACAACUCUUGUUGCAAAAAAAAAAAAAAAGAAAAAAAAGAAUAAUGAUAAUUUAAAAGAAAAAAGGUGUAGUUUUUAAAAAGCAACCUGUGUCAGAACAGUCCCAGUGAUUCUUUGGGAGAGAAAAAGUGUGCAAAAAUAGUUUUUUUUUGUCACCCAAUUGAGGAAUCUCUCUCUCAGUAUUGCCAUCAGCAUUCGAAUGCGAACAUAUCUGAGUACGUCUGAAUGUACAGCACUAAGUAGGAAAAGAUGGAGGGGAGGGAAGAUGUUUUGCACACUAAUCCCAUCGUUUGAACAUAGUUUAGCCAACUGCUGCCUUUCUUCACAGCUUUGGAGUCCUCAGCUCCAACAGUUCCCUUUUAAGAAGCAAACAAAGCUAGUGGUGUUACUGCAGGCAGUGGUGAUCCCACCUGUUCUUGCUCCCUGGUGACUUUACUAAAGCUGCUGUUUUACCUAGUCCAAAAGUUUCAAUUACUUUCUAUCUGGCAAGUCAAAUAUCUUGAAGCUUCACGUGAGGUCGGGCGUCCCAGGCUUUAUGGGAUGGCUACAGAAAACACCAGAACUGAAACUUUAGAGCUAAGGUCUUCUUGACAAAAGAAAAAUGCUAGUUUACUUGCUGCCUCUCACACCUUAAUGUGAUUUCAUAUGUACGUGUUUUGAAGUUUAGCUUCCUUUGUUUCUUUUAUAUUUAUUAGAGUAAUAAUAAUGCUUUAAUUUAAUUAUUACAGAACAUAUGGUCAACAUCAACUUUUAUUUUUUAGAAAUGUAACCACGUUUAUUUUUAAAGAACUGACAACUUGUUUUUGCUAUCUUUUAGUGCAAUAAGCGUUCGAAAAGAAAACGGUGUCCAUUGAGCUGUACCAGAGCAGUGUUUGUACCACUGGCUGUGGGAGGACGGACACCUCCGGUUUUAAAAGGACAAAGUAAAAGCCUUAAUUUUGAAAGGAAAGUUUUAUAGUCAGAAGGAAUCUCGGGUUUUCCUUUUUUAAAUCAAAAAGUAGCAAAAGUGCUUCUGGAACUCUGCAGGCUUCACCGCUCGCUGCCGUGGUUUGGUUUAACAAAGGAACCGGCCGUCUUUUUGGCUUUGAGACGUGGAAGAUAUUUGAAUUAAACAAAAAGCUUUUUUUAUUGAGAUCUAAGUUUUUACAUGCUUAAUUAAAUCUGACAUCAAUAAAAUGUCUGGAGUUAUGAAAAGUUUUUAGGCUUUUUUCCUCUUUGAUAACGACUUUCCUUUUAAAAUUAAGUUAUUGGUGACUUCAUUUCACUUUGCAAAUAAAGUAAGAGGGCUGGGAUAGUUCUACCUUUAAAUCACUGAAAUGUGAAACAGACGAACGGGACUCUUUCAUUCCACUUUAAAGGUAAACCAAUCGUAAGAUGUCAGAGAUGAGCAUUUAUUCCGCGAGGGGACUGGGAAGUUUUGCACUUUGUAAACUCGUGAACUGCAUUUUUGACUGUUUUUUUUUUUUUAUUUGCACUGGUUCAUAGUAUAUAUACUGCAGAUCGUUUCUAUGGGCAUUGCUGUUAUCCCAGCCCUUCUGAACCCCACCUGCUCUCCACAUGAAAACCAGAGGGUCGGUAAAGCAGCUUUUAUCUCCUGGCGUUCUCACAGAAUGCGCUCUUUGCCAAUAUAUACCGUGUUUUGAGCCUAAAAUCUGAGCCCGUUUUGCUUCAGCAGGCAUGACUCUCCCCAUCUUUUCUGCCAGAAGACAAAGUACUGUAUUUUGUGCAUUUGUAUAUUGUACUGAAAUGUAUGUAGUGCUGUUCACAACGCUGUCUCAAAGAGCUCUGCUCGGCAGUUGGCGUGUAGGCGUGCUUUAUCUCCCAGUACCAAGGAAGGUAAUGUAACGACUGACCUUGCACCGUUACCAUUGCACUGCAAAUAGUCCUGAGGGCGGGCAGCUCCUGUGGCUGGGGGGGGAGGGGGCUGUUGGGGAGCACUGGAGGGCAGUGGGGUUAGGGUGAGCCCUGAGCCCCCCAUCGGGCUGCAGCUCCGGGAUGGCCCAGCCCUGCUCCAGCCUGCAGGUGCCCGCAGUGCCUCGAGGCAGAGCUGCAGGGAGGUGCUGCUGCAGCUGUUGGAGCGGGGAGGGCUCUGAUCAACCUCUGAAGCGUUCCCCUUGGUCGGUGGCCUGGCAGCUCUCUAGCUAGCAGUCCUGUUAAUGAAAGGUUGGGGUUAGGCUUUUUACAGAAAGCUAAUGCUCGGAGAGAAGCAGGGAUUUCUUGUAAAGAGCCUAUUUUACAAAGCCUUCUUGUGCAUUUCUGGCAUGAAGAUGAAAAUUCCUCUUUUAAAAAGUCUUUUAAUGCUCCUUGCAGAGACGCUGUGCCCUUCUCAUCCUGCCCACGCUCACUGACUAUGACCUGAGAGGCUUUUCGCUUCCAACCCUCACCAAAAAACAAAGGAACUGCAUUGGGAAGGUGACUUAGAUGCUAGCUCGACAGCUGGUUUACCUGGUUUUCAUGUGAAGAGUACGUGGAAGUUUGAAUCUCUCUUCUUGGUUUUGCAAAUAUCUACGUAAAGUGCCGAUACUUCUUUGUAUUACAAUAUCAACUUACUGGCGUUGUGAGGGCCACACAUUUAUGAUGCUGUAGCUGCUAUAUUUAUUUAAAUGGAGAUGGACAAUUACUGCACUAAGGAAUGAGGAGAUAAGCAAGGAAUCAAGGUUAGUUAGAUAUCUUGUUUGUUUGUUUAUUUUUUUUUUCAAAAGAGAAUUAAUGGUGUGAAAUAUCAAAGUGUAACAAAGGGUGCUGUCAUUUUAACUGAGAUUAAAUAGCCAGAUAUUCUUCCUUUGUUUAAAAACAUAUAUAUUUUGAUGUUUGCAGUUUGGGGGUGGGGGGUCGGGAUAAAUGGUACCUCAUCUGUGGUGGCAGUUUCCGGUAUAUUUUCAGAGUAUAUGGAUUUCUUUUAUUUUUGUACCUGCUCUCCUUUUAAAAAAGACAAAAAAUAAUAAUAAUUAAUAAUAAUAAUCUCAAAUUUUAUGUGCUGUGUGGGGGAAAUCUCGAGUGGCUCUGCAGGUCCCCUCCUCUGUGGGAGCUGUCUGUGGCCGGGAGCUGUGCUUCUCCUCCCUUUGCAGACGUGCUGGCCUCGUGCACUGCCCAUCUGGGUGCGUGGCUCCCACCCUGCAGACACUGUACCAGUUCACCAAGACCUCGUUUGUACUUUAAGUGCCACUUCCUGGCGGGAGCUGCAGUGCUGGUACUGUGCCAAAGCUGGGCUGUGCUGAGCCCUGCACCGAGCACCGGGCGCUCUGAAGCUGAGAGGGAGCAGAGCAUUGCACAGAGCAUUGCACAGAGCAUUGCACAGAGCAUUGCACAGAGCAUUGCGUUAACACGCAGCACCUGCUGGCAGAGCAACUGAGCCCAUGCAGGGGGCUUCUCCUGGGGGGCGCUUCAGCUGUGGCCGUUUGACUCAGGAUUGCUGUGUCGCUGUUAAAGGUGUGAUUUGGUUGAACGUGUCCAAAAGAAGUUAUCUCUGUAGGGGUUCUUUCUGGCAUCCUUCUGGAAGUUUGGCUGUAGAAAUGGUUUUUCUGGAGUAAGAUGGGUUUCUGAAAGCUGUCGGUCAAAUUAUUUCUAGAUGCCGUCGGUCCCAAACCAGUUUCACUUUGUGUACCAACCUCUGUCCUUUGGAGUGCUCGGUGUAAGACACCAGAUACCCUUCUGUACAACUUCCAGCUACAAAUACCAGCUUUCUGCUAGUCUGGAAGUUUGCUCUGGCAAAACUCCGAGCUCAGCCUGCCCUUCAAACAGCUUGAGGCCUUUUUCUUUCUCAGUGUUCCCUUCAGAUCUCGUUCUCUUCUAACAUUCUCCCAGUUUUGUGAGUUGAGGGUUUAGGACCUUCCUCAGAGCACUUUUAUAGCCCAGGAACCCAAAGCUCUGCUGCUGUUCCUUGCAGUUAUCCAUUCCAUUCUCAGAGCUGCCGUCCAAACGGCCCUCUGUGUCCCUUCAGUGCUGUGGAGUUCUGCAGCUGCUGCAGAUGGGUUGAUUGGAUCUGGUGGAAAAAUCCAUAGGGAUGUGAAAGGGAAGGAUCCCAGUCUCUCCUUUUCCUACCCAAAGAUGGUACUUUACAUUGACAUUGAGUGGUAGGGCACUCAUUUUGUUUUGGCUCGUGGUUUAAGUAAAUUGCUAAUUGACUCAUUGUUGUGACCCUGGAACUGUAGUGGUUAGAGCUUGAGCUAAUUGCUGCUUUCUGCUAGCAAAGGGUUCUGUAUUUCUCAGUAGCUGAGUUACAAAUGGAUGUGUAUGGGGUCCUACGCUUCACCUCCUGGGCAGAGCCUCGAGAAGCCUCAUGUCCAUAGCACUCAAACAAGAAGGUUUGGCCCUCAGUAGGCGGAGGUGUGCAGAGGGGCAGGGGCUGCAGGGGGCAACGUGGGAGCAUCAGUACUACAGGAAUGUGUCCUGCCUGCCCUGGCCUUUCCCAGCUCUGCCUGAGGCCCCCCUCACCUAACACAGGUAGUUACCGUGGGGUCUUUCGACAACGAAGUGGUUCUGUUUAAAAUUUGGAGUGAAUAUUUAUUUUUAAGCAAGACAGUCCUCAGAAAGUGCCUUUUUAGCAGACGGUGCUGUAGAUUUUAUUUUCCAGUUGUACGUGGCUGAACAUUUAAGAUCCAUAACUGAAAAUGCCAAGUGUUUGAUGGUACCUUUAGGUACGUUCAGGCAUCAGUUCUCUGAGUCAGGACCAAGCAUAACCGGGAGGGUGGUUUCCUUUGGGGGGAGCGAUCGCCAAAUGCUGCUGAGGAGGAGCAGCUCGGAUCCUUCUGUGUGCAGUUUGCCCCUUCACACCGAGGGGAAGGCAGCAGCGUGGGAUGCUUGAGAUGGUCAUGGCUGGAAGGUGUUGUCUCAUAGGCAUUACAAACCCCCAAGGACAAAGCAGACGAGCUGAGCGCUGUCUGGAGACGUAGGGAUGGUCAGUGCUGCAAGCAGGCGUCGUGUGGGCUGCGUUCCUCAAGGCGUGCUGUGUGUUUGUGCCUGGGACUUGUCAUUCCUACUUGGGAGAGUGGUGCUGUGGGUCCAUGUGAGCAUUCCUCCCGUGGGGAGAAGCUGUCAGCUAUUAACCACUGCACCUCAGUAACCUUGUAAUGCUGCAUUAGGUAAUAAUAGCAAAGUUCUGCUUCGGUGACACUGUAGUGUGCUUGCACUGCCUGCAAGGAAUACCCACUUUCCUUUUUGUAACGGUCUCACUUGCAGUUGCCUGGCUGCUCUUUGGUGAACCCCAACCUUUUUCGGGGUGUUCCUUUAUAUUGGUGGUCUUUAUAUUGUGUCCCAUCUGCGUGUUGCUUUUGACUCUUAUUUUUAGGUGGGAAACGUUUCUGAAUGGUUUUUUUUCCUUCUCUGAAUUCAGCUCAACUCUUAAGGCACGUUUGAGAAGAGACCAAACAGAACAACGCACCAGGCAGGCUGAUGUAAUGGGUGCUUUGGUUUCUGAGUUGGAGGUUAAAAGGAGUUUGUGUCCACCUCAGUCACUGUUGAUGCAGUAGUUGGGCGUUGCAGAUGUCAGGAUGGCUUUCAGUAUCAGCUGAAGCAUCAAAUUCUGCUUUCACUGGGAGCAGUACUGCUGCAGGCAUGCAGUCGUGUCCAGGCGUUUCCGAGGACUGAGCAGAGCUUCUUCACAUCUAUGGAGCAGAACAGCAGCCGUGCGGUGCUCAGCAGUGCUGUGCUGGGGCUGUGACACCGCUGCGCUCCACAUCCGUGGCAGAACUGCUGUGUGUGCACUGCCCAACCUGGACGUCACUUCUCGUGGCUGAAGUUAAAGGCAGUGAUGUUCCUCUUUGUUUAACAGCUUUGUUUUAGAACAGCAUUCAGUGCUGCUUCCGUAGUGUUUCAGCUUGCAGUGAUUUGUUCCCAAUUUCUUACCGCUGUUAGGCUGGGAUUUAGAAAGCAUUUUGUCAGCCCGGGCUCUGUCAGCUGCUUUCUGCAGCAGCCAUUUCUACCUUUUUAGUCUAAAAAGGGCCAAAAAUCUCAUUCCAUCAGCUUGUCUGCAGCAAUACUCUCCAUCUCUUCCCCUGCCUCUGAACCAGCUUGUUUUCUAUCUGUGCUUAGCCGGUACUGAAGCUGUUGAGAUGUGUACAUUCCUAUCUCCUCUUUCUAUACAUUACAAACGUGAUCAAAAGCAAUGGACAGAGCUGUGUCUGAGGGUGGUGGUUCCUAUUGGGAGUGGAUCCCAGCUGAGAUGAGCUGCAGCACGUGGGGGUUAUAGCUGCAGUAGCAGUGUCUGCGUGUCUCUGCUGUGUUCGUUGCAGGGUGUGUGAUGUGUUGAAGCAUCCAGCUGAAGUAAAGCCAGUUGCUGAAGGUGUAGAUACUGAAGAGGCAAAUUGGUUUAAAAAGGAGAACGCCAUCAUUCUCCCUGGCAAAGUUUCUAUCAUCAAUGCUAUUCGUAGUAAAUCGUGCUGUGCUGGGGUAAAUCCAAAGCUGGACUGACUCAGCUGUAUGUUUUAUGAGGAGGAGAGAUGGUGCCUGUGCUGUCAGACCAGCAGUAGAAAGCUGGGAGGGCAGGGAGGAGCCGCCUCUUCCUCCAGGAGAGCUGACUGUACUGAAAGCCUAAUGCUGCUGGAGCCAUCUGAACCUGAACCUGCCCCUCUGCACCCGCAGUUUACUCAACCCCCCCAUAAGUAACUGCUGCAGAAACUCAGAGAUGAGGGGAAAGCUGUUUUCCUGUAUUUCUUUAAGCAAGAGUGCCUGUUCACCUCCACGGCCGUGCUGGGCAGCAGUGGCAGUGCCUGUGACAGCCGUUCAGUCCCAUCAGCUGUGUUCUCUGAAUCCCAAAGCCUCCCUUCCUGGUUCAAAACACACAGAUUCAGUGGGUCGGUGGUGCUCCAAACAACAGAGCCGUGGGGUUCUGUGAGCAGUGUGUGACCCCUUUGCAGAACACAGAUGCUCCAAUGGAUUUCUGGCUGUGGUCUUUGGGUGGUUGGUACAGAAGCCACUGAGGGAGCUCCCAUGUUAGCUUCGGUGUCCUGGGCUGCUUGGGUCAGACUUGAACUCGUUGAGAGCAAGCAUGUGCCUUUCUCUGAUCCGAGACAGAAGCUGGAGGAGCUGGCAGUUUGCACUGGUUGAUAGUGGGCUCAGUGUUCUUGAACUGCUUUUAAGGCUUGAAGUCCUUGGUCAGAAUGGAGUUGGUUUUGUGUUGAGUUACUUAAAGGGAGCCCUGAAUUGGUGGCUGUAACUACCCAGAGAGGAGAAGCUUUAAAGUAAAUGCUUUCUGGAGAGCAAUGUCACCAAACAAACACACUUCAGUGUCACCAAACACUUCCUGGUAGGCUUGCAUUUUUUUUUUCAAAUGAAAUUUAACUCUGAUGUGUUUCUCCAUAGAGAGCCAUUCAUGCUGCCUUUAUUUGAAUGCUGCCUGUCCCGUGGUGUCUCUGCUGUGCUCCUGCAGCUUCCCUGCUGACUGUAAGGCCGUGAGGAAUGUUGUUGGCGGAGGUUGGGAAGUGGGAAUGUGGUACUGAGCACUGAACAUCACUGAAGGUAACUCUUUAAGGAGCAGCUCGCCAGCAGCUGGGGGUGGUGAUGUGUGCACAGCGCUGUGGUGUCUGCGAUGGGAGGGCUCAGCAAAGUGCUAAGGGGAGAAAUGAGCCUCUCCUUUCACAGCCAGGUAUGCAGUGCUGGGUGCCUUAGGUGCUGGUUCAGGCUCCAAGCUGUGAGUGUGGGUUGUCAGAGAAUAACAGAAGAGCUUUUCAAGUUGUUUUGUGCAGUGUUGGGGUACCGGAGGGUCAUCCAGCCAGCAGCUCCGGCUCUGAGAUGGGUUCCCUCCAUGACUUCAGGGAAUUGAUUUUUUGCCUCAGCUUUCUGCCCUGUCUGCAACGCAUGCAGGAUGACGUGCAUUGCCUUACGAGAGCCGGCUGCUGUGUGUGCUGAGGAUCAGCCGUGCUGCAAAGUGCUGCAUUCCUGAUAGAAACCUGUGCGCCUUCUUGCCAGUUACCUUCACUUAACACAGCGCUCUUUGCAGUCUGUCCAUCCAGCAGAGCCUGUGCCCUUUGCUUUGUCUCAGCACAGCCGUCCCAAGGAGCUCCUUGGGGUCAGUCAGUGUGCACUGCUGCUUUCUGUCAUCUUUUGUUGCAAAAUAGAGGAUGAGUUGAUUCAAAUAAAAGGUUUUCUUUACGUUGCUGAGGAUCUCAGAGGUCUUUCAAACACAUUUAGCAGUUGAAAAACGAAUACCUACCGCGAUGCUCUCCAACAACACAGAGAAAUGGGGUUAUCUUGAGAUUAUCUUACCUGAAUCGUGGGUCCACAACCAGCCUUGAUACAGCUGUGCAACAGUUAGACAUUAAAAUAGUUACUAAUCAUCUUUCAUAGUGCUAAUGCUUGCAAAUCUCUUCAGUGCAUUCAAGAACAGUUUAUUUGGACAUCUCACAGGUCAGUGCUUGCUCCGCUCAGUUGGCCAAGCAAUACCCACUGGAGCAGUGCUACAGCUAAGGAGCCUUUGGUGUUUGGAGCGUGCCAGCAAAGCAGUGUUUGUGCAGUGCAGAGGAGAACGGAGUGCUGAGCAGAGCUGCUGUGUGAGGCUGAGGUGAGGUUUGGCUGCUGGCAGUUUGCACACAGCUGCCUUCCUCGGGGCUUUGGUUGUGUUCAUUGCAGCCUCCUGGGGCUGUAGCUUUCAGGUUCCUUUGGAUUUGCUUUCUGCUCCUCAGCAGAGCGCUGCCUUUUCUGCACUUGUCAGUGUUCGAUCCGUUGAAUCUCACCUCGAGGAAACUCCACGUUGUUUUCCUGUAGGUAAACCUGCUUUUAGACGCUGCAUUUUCUUGUCUGUUCCACGGGCAAUCCUGCAAAGCCUCAGCACAGCAAUAGCAUUGACAGAAUGGGUGCUCAGUGAUCUCACAGCUGUGAGCAGAGGCACAGUGGGGCCUCACCAUGCAGCUCUCCUGUCCGUGCUGGUUGGUUUCCUCCCUUGCUGUGAGCAGUUUGGCUUCCCCGGGUGUGUGAAAUGGGUGGAGAAAUGGCCCUGUAAUUUGUUUUGUGGGGGAGAACUCAUCUGUUAGAAUGCACCGAGGCAUCUGAUCAUAGAUAAGAGUGUUGUCAUGGAGAGGUGUCACUUAAAGCUUUCAUUGUAAUUGGUGGCAAUUGGUGAUGAGGCAGUUUGGGUAUUGGAACAUCUCUGGGAGGCGGUGGCUCAGGUGGCAGUGUGUGCCAUAAGCAUUGCUGUGUCGGUGUAGGAGACUGCUGGGAGCAGCGUUGUGCAAAUACACCCUUUGCAUAUUGAAUACCACCUGUUCAAAUGAAAAACAAAACUAUUGUGCUGUUUGGGAUUCCUUCUCAAAAUAAAGUUCUAAUAAACGAAUCCAGUGCAUUGAGAUUCCCUCUGUGUACGUCUCACUCUUUCUCCUGCCCUGGCAGCCUUCAGUGCUCCCACUGCAUGAGCAGAGCUGGGCUGUUCCCACCGUGAGGGUCCCGGGGUUCUCAGAGCAAAAGGGAGUUAUUUCAGGAAUAAAGCAGAGCUGUGACUCGAGACACUACACAGCUGUAGGCAGAUGGCAAACAAGCUGGUUGCUAAAAGCCUUUCUUUUUACUUACCCAUCUCGACCAUGUGUGCCUAUUUGUACAUGCAGGGUGGGGGGGGGAACCAUAGGUCAGUGCUGGAGGUGGAUGCAGUGCUUUCUGCCCCUUCUCCCCUCCCACACAAAUUGUUCUUGCCAAAUUUUUCUACCUGUUGCAGGAGUUGCUUUCUUUCCAGCCCACUCCCACGUCCGCCUUCACCGCCCCUUCCUCCCGUAGGCACCCAUACGGUGCACACAGCAGUGCUCGGAUCUCUGCUGGCUUUAAUACCAUCGAGUUGGCUGUAUUGUAAACCAGCUGUAUUCAUCUGAAAAGAAAGAAUAAAUUUGUUUUGAAACGCAUAUGCGCUCUUUUAUUAUUUUUAUACCUCUGGAGCUGCGUCACCCCCCGGCUGCAGGAGGGGAGGGGUGGGGGCUGCAUCCGUCUGCCUCCGUUUGCUCUCACGCCAUGUAAAGGUCCUCAAUCCGGUUUGCAGUGUCCGUGCAGAGCUCCAACGCCGGGUGCACCGCUCUGCACCAAACCUUCCUCUGCUGCUCUCGCUUCGGUUUCACCCCUUGUAAGCAUUAACAAACGAUGAGAAAUUUCCUGUGUUGUUUUCCUUUUUCACGUCGCUUUGCUUCAGGUUGAACUGUAAUUCUCACUACGAACUGCAAUAAAAAAAGACGAAAGCUUUGCUGC